GGUCGUUUAUGAUGGUAGUGGUAGUAAUGUCUCUCCUCAAGGUGUUUAUAUUGUUAGUGAUGGAACGUUGUAUUUUGCUGAUAAUAGUAAUUCUGUUGUAUUCAAAUUAAUUAAUGCAACAGGAAAUGCUAAACUUGUUGCCGGUGAAUUUGCUACAUCUGGCCCUCCACCAGCUCAGUUUAAUUUUCCGUACGGUGUAUAUGCUGAUAGUGGCACAUUUUAUGUUUCGGAUGCUGUAAAUGAUGUAGUUAUAAAAUUUUUCUCUAAUUCAACCAACGGAACUAAUGGAACCGUUGUUGCAGGCAGUUUGGGUAACGGAGCUAUAAUUGGUGCACCAGCUGGUAUCUAUGUUGUUAGUAGUUCAGGAAAUCUUUAUGUAGCUGAUAAUAAUAAUGACCGUGUGCUACGAUGGUUACCAGGUGCAGAUCCCAGUACCGGUGGUGUAGUUAUCGCUAGUAAUACUCUGGCUAAUGUAUAUGAUGUUAUAGUUACUGCAAACGAACAAACACUGUUUGUAACUGAUACGACCAACUCUGUUAAAAAGUUUACCGUUGGUGCUGACAAUGCUACGAUAUUUGCUGGAAAUGGAACAGCAGGUUCUGGUCCGCACCAGUUAUAUAUUCCAAUAGGUUUAGCUUUGGAUUCAACUGAGCAAUAUUUAUACGUAGUCGAUUCGGGCAAUAACAGAGUUCAAAGAUUUUAUAUUCCAAGUUGUUAA